AUGGAGCGAUAUGCAAGAAACUAUAUCAGCAAGGGAUUCCCGAGCAUUGCAGGACUACGACCAGACGAUCUGUUUCUUCAUCUUGACGCCGAUGAGAUACCAUCCCGUGAUGCAAUAGCCUUUCUCAAAUUCCAUGACGGGUACCCUGAGCCAUUUGGCUUUGUUCUGAGGUGGUCUGUGUAUGGAUAUUUCUGGAAAAUGGAACGUGUUUGGACAGUGCAGUCCGCAGGGUGUUCGGUAGGCAUGCUCCGCCAAGUUUAUGACAACCAGCCUGGUACCCUGCGAAAAGGAUUAGGCGAAGUUAAAUGGGGAAAGAUAAGAGAGUACAAGAAAGGAGGAAACGAUGUAUUGGCAUGGCAACUCGGGGAACAGGGUAAAUUUGCCGGAUGGCAUUGCUCAUGGUGCUUCGAUAUAAAUGGCAUCAAAACGAAGCUGACAUCCGCCUUGAGUGGGGAUGGAGAGCGUUUUGGUGAUGAUCCGAAAAAGCAGAAAUUAGACUUCCUUCGUACCUUAACGACAAUAAUAUGGGAUGCUAGUUCAGGUCAUUGUACACAACAAUUUGCUUUUCAUUCUGCCCCUGCGCUGGACGUAGACUGGCAGACCAACAAUAGCUUUGCCUCCUGUUCAACAGACCAGUGUAUUCAUGUGUGUAAACUAGGGGUAGACAAGCCAAUUAAAACAUUCCAAGGCCACACAAAUGAAGUGAAUGCCAUCAAAUGGGAUCCACAGGGCAACUACCUGGCCUCCUGCUCUGAUGAUAUGACCUUGAAAAUCUGGAAUAUGAAGCAGGAUUCAUGUGUUCAUGAUCUACAAGCACACAACAAAGAGAUCUACACUAUAAAAUGGAGCCCCACAGGGCCAGGAACAAAUAAUCCGAAUGCACAGUUAAUAUUAGCCAGUGCAUCAUUUGAUUCCACAGUGCGGUUAUGGGAUGUAGACCGAGGAAUUUGUAUACACACCCUGACGAAGCAUCAAGAGCCAGUGUACAGCGUGGCUUUUAGUCCAGACGGGAAGUUUUUAGCGAGUGGGUCCUUUGAUAAAUGUGUCCAUAUAUGGAAUGUGCAGUCUGGAGCACUAAUCAAUAGUUACAGAGGCAGCGGAGGGAUAUUUGAAGUUUGUUGGAAUCACAGAGGGGAUAAAGUUGGUGCCAGCGCCUCAGAUGGAACGGUUGUAGUUUUAGAUCUUCGGAAGUAGAGUGGCUGUUGGAGCAGCGUUGGCGUUGUUUUAGGGCGACUACCUCAGUUCUCGUGCCAGCAACUAUCUCAGGGCACAUCUCCAUGUAGGCAGACAGGAAUUUGAGGCACAUCUCCAUGUUAGCAGACGGGACACAUCUCCCAAGACAAACUGUUUGCAGGGGGGGGGGAGAAAAAAGCUAAGGGAUUCCUUUGCUUUGUUUUUCAUGUAUUAAACAUGGAAACUUGCCUUCUGGUGACAAGUUAAAUCAGUUCGUCCAAACCAGAUGGAAAUCUCGCCUGCAGAGUGGUAUCAUCUUGGCUACUGCACUGCCAUCUACUGGUGCCUCAGAGAGUGUGGAUGCAUGGUGUAAAGUGCUGCAUGGUAAUGUUAUUGAAGGCAUCGAGAAGUUGUUUGCCAAUAAAAGUAUACAUUUAUUCCUCCUGCCCUGGGAGGGAGGGACAUGUAUAGAAAGGACGGAAGGUUAGAAGGAACUAUUCCUCAGACAGGCAAGCCUCGUGUGGAAAAGAAAUACAUGGUUAGGGCCCCUUUGUGGAGGACUGCAGGUAGAAUCAGGGAUUUUUAUAACAAACAAAGGAUUCAUACUUCGCAAUAAGCACUACUGACUGCCUACACCGAAAGGAACACAUAAACACUACUUCAGUUCGAAUCGGGCGGUAACGUAGGGAAUUUAGAAAAAAAAGAGAGAAUGGACUGCCAACGGCAAAGGGUUGAAGUUCCUGUGUGUAAGGCAACUUGAGUUGCUGCAUAUGGGUUGACUUUAUAAUCAGUUGAUUUUGUCCAUGUAAAUUCACAAUCUGGUAGGUCACUUAGGGGAAAAAAUCCAGCUGUGUGUUUUAUGCUAAUGGCCAGAGCUUCACUUUCUAAAAAUAAAGAAAAAGGUGAGAAAAGCCACGGGUCGUUAGAACCAGACACCUUGGACAUUGAUCUCAGCUUAAAGUGACCACGGGUCAAUAAAAAAUGGCCGACUACUGUUCUGACCACGUAGGGUCGUUUAGAAAUUAUAUAUAAUGAAAUAAAAAAGUGUGUUUAUAAUGUAGAGGCAUAGAGAAGGCAUGGAACCUGAUAGCAGGCACACAUGCCAAGCUAAGUUGAUGUGUACAACGUUAUUUUAAAUGCUAGAAAACCACUUCCAAGGAAAGUGUGUAUGGUUGAUCUGCUCUUUUUUAUAUUGAAUCAUGAGUAUUGAAUUUAUUCUGUGGGUCUGAAGGGUGACCCAGAUGAAGGGGGAGGGGGCGGGGGAUAUUUGUUGGUUACAGGGUGGGUACAAAGUUUGUGCUCAUUCAGUGGUGUGAAUUUUUUAAUUCUUUAAAUCUGAGAUGGCUAAAAUGGCAUUUUCAUGUAUGGGAGAGAGUUCUUGGUGACAGCAGGGCUGUGCUAUAGGUUAGAUUUUUAAUUUUUUGGCAGUUAAAAAUGUUUUGAAUUCACUUUAAAAGGAGAACAAGGUGAAGGUGAAAAAAAAGAGGAUGAACAUUUCGCUUGAUUUUUGCCUGCACCACUGAUUGGCAUGCCCUUUGUGUUCACCCUGUAUUUGGUUUGUGUUGAGAUUGAAGUUUGCUUGUAAAAUGUUAAAGUGUUACAUAUUAUUGAUAUUUUUUGUACAGUUUCGUGUACAUAGUGAAACCUUGUGUAGUAGCACAGUGCAAAAUGCCGAGUCAUGCCCUAUGCCGCCGCCAUAGUGUGUGGCACGGUGCUGACAUCUGGUGGUUUUGGCACUGGUCAAGUUCCCCUCCAUCAUUUUGUGUUGUAUAUAGAUUAUUACUCUCUGUCAAACUCCGUUUGUCAAAGUAGUGAGCUGUUUAUAUCAGUUAAAAUGUGUCCACCUCCGUUGUUCGCCUAUCACUCCCUCCAAGUUCACAUGAUUUGUAAGUGUAAUACGUUUUAUCAUUGGACACUUAAUAAUUUGACUCUAGGUUGCAGUUAGGAUUAAUAUGUAUCAGCACGGUCGACCUUCACCUUGCAACAGGUGACCUUGGCACUUUUGACCUUGACCUUCAUUCGGAAAAGAUGUCGUUAUAAGAAAGUGAUUGGGAUCCCGCCCCAUAGAUGUUUUGAAUUUAUGUUAGUUACGAAGUUAAGGUUUGAUUCUGGAUUUUAGAAUGUAACCAAAAGUUUCAGCAUUUUCCUUACCUUUUGAUAGGCAAGUGUACACAUUGAAAUGUUUUUCUUGGAUAUUUGAUGGUGUCAAAAAGAUAAUAGUAAACCAAAGAUAAUCUUCACACACUGUUGUUGCACAUGCCUCCGUUGACUAACAAACACCGGUGUAGAUGGCGCUAGUCAUCAAUAUAACCUUUUUUUUUCAUUUUUAUUAUUUAUAUAUAAUUAAUUUCUUUGCACAGUCUUUUGGAAAUGUUAAAAAGGAUAACAACCCAUCCAACUUUUGUCAUAAUGACACCGUUAUUUUUUUUUCUCUCUUUCACAAAAUGUGUCUGGUGGUAAAUUUUGCUCCUUAACCAGUUGUGUUGGCCGCACCUCCCCCCGUAGUGUCCGUGUACUAUAGCCACACAUAUUAACGAUGAAUCAGUUAUAUUUGACAUACUGGAAAUAAAUUGCUAUAUUUUGAUAUGACCUUAA